UUUUAUCGUACCAGAAAGUCAGCUGAGAAACUCAAACAUGAAAGGGAAAUUACGAUGUCAAUAACAGUCAAUCGUUCUAGCUUUAAAGACAGAAUUGUUGAAAAUGUAGCAAAGGCAAUAAAAUCGAUUCAAGAGAUUCAGAUUUACCAUACAUCAGAUGAACCAGUGGUACUAACAAGCGACGACAGACCAGCCAGAAAACUAUUAGAACAUCUUGAUCAUGUUUUCUUACAUGGGUUGAGGCAUAUCACAAAUGGAUAUUUGAAAAUUGUAUCAGAAUUUAGUACUAAAAGUACAGUGAAAGAUAUUAAAAGAUUGACUAAUGUAGCCACUGAUUUAGGGAGAGGUAGAGCAUGGCUGUCCAUAGCUUUGAACGAAGGUCUGAUGGAAAGUUAUUUCAGAUGCUUUGAAGGAAAUAUAAAACUAGUAAAGAGAUCCUAUGUGAGAGAUGCCUUAGUUUUAGACCAACAGAGACUAAAUGUGUUGAUAACACUUAUAUCUGGUAUUGAAUUGGUAGUCUUCCAGUUAGAUUAUGAUGUGCCAUAUCUUGACCUUGGAACAGCACCCCCUCAAAGUAGAAGUAGGGCAGACUCAGAGGAGUCUGAAAGUGACAGGUUAUCACUUUGUAGUAUGGACAGUGUUGCUUCCAAUGCUAGUAAAAAUAUGAUAAUAUCUCGAGACAGUCCCAUCACAGUUGAUGAUGAUAGAAGUUAUAGCACACACAUGAAUGGGUAUCUAGGACAGAUCGAUGAAAAUAUUGAGACCAAAUUUGAUAGAUUGGACAGUGUAAUAACAGAAGAUAUUGAACCUGAAGACACCAGUAUAGAGGUCAUACAUGUAAAACGUGGAAGUGGUAAGGCAAAAAAACCAAAAGGUAAGAAAAACAAGAAGGAACCAGUUAUAGGAACAGAUGAACAAAGUACUACAAUUUCAAAUGUGAAAAGACCUAAUGAGUUAGAUUUGACCACUGGCGAAGUUCAUGAACAAUACCAACAAAUUGAAAAUUUAGAGAAAGAUGUAAAGCCCUUCUACAAAUUAGCCCAUAGUGUGAAAGAAGAUGACUUAGUAACACCGGAUGAAACGAAUCAUUUAAAGUCAAAUAGUUUAGUUAAUGAAAAUCCUCCUUCUGGUUUGCCAGAUGAAGAAAAGACCGAUUUCUAUGAUAAAUCAUUAGAUGUUUCGGAAAAAUCUGUGAGUGAUGAUGGUGAUCAUUUUAUAGAAGAUGAUUACGUUCAGGAAUUUACAAAUCUAAUUAAACCUUGUGAUAAUGAUCAAUUUGCAGAAAAAGUUAUUAAAAAAUUCCAAAAUAAACACAAUGUUACUCUUUCAAUAAAUGAGGAUUUCUAUAAUAGUGGUAGUAAAUUUGUAAAUGAAGCAGACGGCAUGAGGAAUGAUGUCGAUGAACUUGAUAAUUAUACUCAUAAAAGUGCAAUAUUUGAACAUCCUGGAAAUGGAGAUGUUCAGACUACAUUUAAAGAACAUUUAGUCCCACAAAACCAAGAUAUUAAAUCAAUCGAUAAUUAUGAAAAUGAUAAUGCAGUCAGUAAAAAUGAAGUGCAACCUACCAAAGAGGAAACAGACCAUUCAACCAAUGAGAAGUCUUCUACUUCCCAAAUGCAGGACCUUGUUGACAAUAUGAUUAAUAAUCAAUCAGAUACUAUGUUAAAGCAUCACAUGUAUGAAGAAGAGCCAGAAGAUACCAACCUAAAUGACAACAUGAACAAUAGUAAAAGUUUAAGUGAAGGAGAACUUAAAUUAGACAAUAAUACUCUGUUAUAUUUGAUGUUAGAUGUAUUUGAUACUUCUGAAGAACAGUUUGUCAAGAUAUUUGCCACAACCCAAGGUCACACAGAUGGAGAAUGUAUUCCGGUAUUUUUAACACUCACAGACAGAUCCAUUUACUUUCUCAGUCAAAAACAGAGUGAUCAUAGAUUUUACAAAGACAUUUCUAUACCAUUUUCUUCAGUAGAUUUUAUCAAUCUUGGUUUUAAUGGUCAAAGUUUUCAUGUGGUGUGUACAAAUAGAAGAAACCAGUAUUGGAUUACAACAGGAAACCAGGUAUUAACCAGAGCCAUUAUAGACUGCAUAACAACUAUCUGCAACCAGAGUAGAAUAACAGCAGUCACAGUUGAUGAUAAUGCUACUACACAGAAAAUAGCACUAAAGAAAUAUAUUAACAAAGAGUGUCCAAAUGAGGAAGCUACUAUAUGUUGCUAUUCACUGGUCCAUUGGGACACUCCUUCAACAAAGGGAAGUAACUCAGAGAAGUUACACAGAGAAGGACAUUUAUUGUACAAAUUACAUGAACCACCUGGAGGUUUUAUGGCUAUGGGUAGUCAGUAUUUACAGAAUCCAGUCUCACUUAUCUAUGGUCAGUCAUGGAAACCAGCUUAUGUUGAACUCAAGGAUGGACUACUGUGUAUUUACAAUGACAAAAACGACAGUAAACCAUUACUAUUUGUACAAAUCGGUGGGGAGGAAUGUAGUGGAUGUCGGAGAGCUACAGAUACAGACAGGGAUCAUUGUAUACAGGUCAUCAAAUCUGAUGGAUCAUCCAUACAGCUAGCUCUAGCAUCAGGUCUAGAAGCCAGUGAUUGGUUAAUGAGCUUGUGUCAGGCAGUUGCUGAGGGCAUUGAUUCAAAAGAUACAGAGAAGAUGGGAUGUAUGGCAUGUUGUCUAGUUAUGUCACAACAAAAGUUACUCAUGUGUCAGGAAGAUCUACAAUCUAGUUUUUACAGAACGCUUGGAAGUGCUAAUGUUGUAGAUGUAACAUCUGUACUACAGGACCCUAAUGUUAAAACUUACUGUGUUCUUGUUUUUGAAUCCCAUGACACUAAUGUUAGUAAUGAGCAGUGGGUUCUUCACUUUAACUCAGAACAGGAGAAGUUACGAUUUAUCAAAUCGCUGUCAGAUUGUUGGAAAACACAUUUUGAGGUUGAAAUUCCUGUUUUUCCUGUAGAUGACUUUGCUCUUAUGAAGAUUUGUCAAGAAAUGGCACUUUUACUCAGAAACAAAUUGACUAUAAAGAAGUCGUAAUGCUUUAGAGAAAAUGAAUUAUGUUGUUGACUGUGAUAUUACUCUUUUAUGUCUUUAAAAAUACCAAACUCUGACAAAGCAAUAUGUUUAUAGGAUAAAAUACUGUAUAUGUACUAAUUUUUGCUGUGUAUUUAUUUUUACGAAUUUCGCGGUAGGUAUAUUUUCGCGAAAAUAAAUACACGCGAAUUCGAAUGCAGAUUUCAUGCAUAUAAAAACCAUUGAAUAAAUAUUGCUGGAAUUCACAACUGUAUAUGCAUGUUCACCUUGUUGUCUUCAGAUAAACUCAAUUGAACCAUGAAACUGUUAAACAACACCAGUUAUUUUUACAGAAAUUUAAUUAAGAAUAAAAGGACAAAAGGUGAAAAAUAAUAUCCCAAACUAAAUAUGACAGCUAUAUUAAGUAAUUAACGACAUAAUCAGGUUACUGAACAUCUAUCAAAACACAGGACUGAUUUUAUGAUUGAAUAAUCUUUGUUUAUUUUGUUUCAUAUUGUUAAAUAAAUGAAGACCUAAUUAAUGAAAAUUUUAUGAAUUUUAAGUCUGUAUGUAAUUUAUGUUCUGAUAUUUUUGGAAAUACCGCGAAAUUAAGUACACGCAAAUUCAUCGACAACAAAAUCGCGAAAAUAAGUACUCGCGUAAAAAAGUACAUAUACAGUAUAUGAGCUGCAUCAGAUAGAAAUCAAUCUUAUGCAAAUGAAUAUCAAUACAUCUGUUUACCUAUUUCGGGUUAAAAAAAUUCUCUAUGCAAAGUUUGUAACUGUUUGAAAAUUGAGUUGAUUAAAGAACCAGACCAAAAUUUAUCUUUUAUUUCGUUUUUCAAUGUUCCAAAAUCAAUCAAAGUCUUAUGCAUGUACAGGGAUACAUGCACUUGCUUAAGGUUGAUUUCUAUCUGAUGCAGGUCAUAUGUUUAUGUCUCUCAUGCUAAGCUUUCAAUAUAUAUAUGUAGUCCCUAAAGUAUCAUAUUUAACAAAUACAAGAAAUACAAUGAAAGUUGAACCAUACAGCUAGGUCAGAAUGCAAUGGCCCUUCCAAAUUGAUUCUUGAUGUUUUUAUGCUCAACUGCUGAAUUUCUAGUCAAACGUACUUGUCAUUGACUGAAAGUUCACAUAAAUAAAAAAGCUUUCAACAGAAAUUGUAAUUUUUUAGCGGCAUAAGUACCUUUAUGUUUGCUUUUAAUUCAUAAAAAAAUCAUGCCAUAAAUUUAAUAGAAUUUUGCAGUACAAAUGUACUUCUUUCUAUGAGCCAAACAGUUUACCAUCAGUGUUUUAGGUUAACAUAUUUGGUACCAGUAGAGUACCUAGACAUUUUACGGAUAUAUUAUUUUAUCAAUGUUUGUUAUUUUAAUGAUAUUAUUGAGCUUUGUAAUUAAUGGCUGAUUAAGUUGAUUUUAUUUUAAUCCAUGGCAUUUAUUUUGAAAAAUACUCUUACAUACUUGCAUACAUGUUUUCAUGUCAAUUUAAUGAAUAUAAAAAGCUUAUACUAUGUAGGUAUAUGCAAAUAACUUUUUCAUCUGAGUACAUUUACAAUAUUUAGCACCAUAUUUAUAAAACUAACCAAUUAUUAAGGCAUAACCAUUCAAUCGUUCAUGCAACAUCAUUUAUUCUACUUUUUGAGAUGAAAACAAGACAAAAUUUCAUUGAUUUCAUUGGCGACCUAUAUGACACGAUAACCAUUCAAACAAAACUUCUCGGAGUGUUUAUACAUCACUUUUACAUUUUUCAUUUUUGUUUGUUACCUUCAUGUGGUUUAGGUUUUGCUCAUUGUUGAAGGCCGUACAUCAUUUGGUCUCAUUGGCAAUAAGACCUCAUCUUGUAUUUAUAUUAUACAGGGUCUUCAAAUCAUUAAUCCUGUAAUGUGCAAGAAUAUUUAGCCUUGUAGCUUCAGGUGAAGAAUAUUUAAAAAUGCAAUUCCUUCAUCCCACAUGUUAUUUAUUUAUUUGUUAAAAGAAGGGUUUUUUUUUAUAGGCUUCCGUAAAUUUCACUUGUAAUGUGUUUGUACACAAGCUAAGGUCAGUCAGGAGUACAAAAGUAAUAUUUUGAUUUGGAUACAUAAAACAAUAAAAAUAUAAGCUCUUAGCUUUUUAAAAGAAAAAGGCAGUCAUAUUGGCCAAGUAGUUUUAAAGAAUAAUAUUAAACACUGGUUCAAUGAAAACCUGUUGCAUUCUGGGUAUAACACCAGAUGCUUCAUUAAUGUGAACUUUGUUUACUGCUGAUACACAGAACUAACAUUCUAAACCACUAAGGGUAGAAUUGUUUGCAAAGGACUUAUUGUAUUCAUGGUUGAAGUUUUGUAUUUGUCUGCAAAUAUUUAAUUAAGCUUAUGAUUGAGUUGAUCUUUCUAUGCAGAGCCCUUGGACAAAUACUGAUUUUUUUGCCAAUGGUUUUCCUGUAUUUUUAUUUGUAAACCAAAACAUUUACAAUAGAUAAUUGUACUUAUAAGUUUUUACAGCUAUUUCACAAAAUAACCUUGAAGUUCUAAACUGCAGUAUGUACUUAUUGUGAAUGCUUUCAUGUACUAAUUUUGCAUAAUGUAAAUCAAUGAAGGUGGGACUUGGUAGAAAACUUUGUAUUAUGUUCAAAUAUUAAUAUUUUCAUAUGACUGACUUUUGACUUUUGAAAUCAACUGUUUUCAAAUGAUUUUGUAGUGUAUAGAAAACAUAAACUAUUUAAUUUUUCCCAAAUUGCACAGAUUGUAAGCUUGAUUUUAUUUCUUUUAGUUGCUUUUACAUUAUCAAGCCAACCCUGCAAGGAAUUUAUAGCCAGUCAAGGUUGUUAAACACACCCAUCAUCAUCAUACUAUCGAGUAUCAAAUUGUCCUACCACAGAGUAUGUAACCUGUCAAAAUUAUAUUCUCGAGAGUGAAAAGUCAGUAAUAUGAAAAUAGUCUACUGUGGAUUCAUUAUUAUUCGUUGGAUACCAAUUUUUGUGAAUUUCGUGGUUAUAGGUUAACCACGAAAUUAAAUGUUCAACAAAUGGCAAAUUUACUAAAGGCUUGUAUGCAGACAUAGUCAAAACCACCAAAUUAAAUAUCCACUAACAUGUAAGUUUUCCUUAAUCCACGAAAAUUGGUACCCACGAAAAUAAAUGAAUCCACAGUAUUAGUUUUUAAUUGAAUUGUUACAAAUUGAAUAUUAAAGCAUAGCUGUUAACAACUUGCAACCUUUGAAUCAUAAUUCUUAGAUAGAUUUAAAAUAAAAUAUUUAUUUUCCACAGCUAGAAGUGACAUCAUAGAUAUUACAUAACAAAGAAAUACACACGAUACACAGUAUGAACACACAACUUUAUUGUCACAACAACAUACCCACCCACCUGUGUGGCCAUGCAAUUUGAUUGGUUUACAUUAUUCAUACUUCUUAUUUUUGUUUUUUAUUUAUUUAUGUGUUCCAAAAUAUUUAUUUUUAAAUAUUUAAAAAGAUUACUAUUUAAUAAAAGUUCAUGAUUAUGAUUGAAUUAA